AUGCGGUCCUCUCUCUUCCCUUUCCUGCUGACUCUCCUAUCCUCGAUUUCCAUAAUUCUCGCCUUCCCUUCUCCCAUAUUUUCAAAUAAAGAGGCCAAUAAAGAAGUAUGGUCCCUUCCGAUAGAUCCAGCAGAGUACAAUCAUCAAACAUACUCACAGUGCUCUACCAACGCUGAAUGCUUUAGGAAAGGUCUCCCACCGCUGAAGCCUGCUACUAAAACGAAGAGGAACGAGUUAAAACCUAGACAAUCUGCUGGAGUUAACGUAAUAUCAGGUAUCAUCCAAGUACUUCAAAAUGGUUCUCCUAUAGGAUACGUCUCUGGUGCUGUUAAUACCACUUACGGUGGAUAUGGAUUAACCUCUACCGCAGCAAAUGCAAUGUCGGUAUCAUUCACUCCUAAUGGUAACACCCCUGUUACAUUCACUUUGGCGGCUUCUCAACGACCUGCCGGGUUUCCUUAUCUAGCUUCGGUAUAUGGAGGUGGUGGAAGUGCGAUGAAUUUACUCACAACCGAUUAUUCUUACACAUUCAUUACCGCUGCCAAUGUCGUUAUCCCCGUCGGUCCUGCUGUAGCUUCGGCUUCGAAUAAUCGAUUUAACAGAGCUACAGGAACGGAGACUUCUUUGUUCGUGUACACCGCUUCAACGCGAAAUAUUGCUGCGAGAUGGACCAACACCGAUAACACCCAGACGAAUGCUGUCAUCAUAUAUGAUGUCAAAUUUGCUUUGUUCUACUUGAUCGGUAAUUUCGCACAAUUCCAAGCUCGCUAUCCGAACGAAGGUGAAUAUGUAGUUACAUGGAAACUGAUACCUCAAUAA